AUGACACAUUUAACCAUAGCCAGAACUAGAAGUCUAUCAAAUCCGAAUGUUUUCAGCGGUUCCAAAGAAAACAUUCUGGUCGAUCCUGGGAAUCAUCCAGACUCUCAUUUUGAACCACAUAUGUCUCCCCUGAGAUUCAAAAUGAGAUCAUAUCUUUUACAAUAUACAGACUCACAAUCAACUUAUUUGGCAAAAUGGCAGCAAUACUACAGAUCAGAUUUUCUAGAUAUUUAUUUUUCAUAUUCUGCAUCCUUAGCCUCACACACUUUCUAUGUUAUAUGUUUACCAAUACCAGUAUUCUUUGAUCAGUAUAACUUGGUACGGGAUUUGGUUUAUAUAAUCGGCUCUUCAAUUUAUUUAAGUGGAUUCUUAAAGGAUUAUUGGUGUUUGCCAAGGCCCCAGUCACCACCAGUGAAAAGAAUAACAUUAAGUGAGUAUACAUCAAAAGAAUAUGGUGCCCCAAGCUCACACACUGCCAAUGCAGUUGGUGUAACGUUACUAUUUUUAUUAAGAAUAUGGCAGCAUGAUUAUAUUUCAAUAGGAUGGAAGCUAUUUUACUUAUGCUUAGCAAUAUUCUACAAUCUGACACUUGUUUUGGGCAGAGUGUACUGCGGUAUGCAUGGUAUACUAGAUAUAACAAGUGGAGCAAUAAUAGGGGUUAUUUGCUUCUUGGCAAGAUUGACGAUUCCACCGUUUUUGAAAUCUAUGAAUUUUCACCCGAGCGAGUAUUUACUAUUCCCUAUGAUAAGCACAGCAUGCGGUUUAUUUAUUUUGCUAUAUCAGACCGUACCAAUCGAUGUAUGUCCAUGCUUUGACGACACUGUUGCAUUCAUCGGGGUUUUAGUAGGUAUGGAUGUGUCUCAUUGGGCAAUUGAAAGAUAUUCACUUGAACAUGUGGUGAACAAUUUGGGCGAUCUGGAACGUGCAAGCACCUUACUUGUAUCGACUAAGUUUUUAUUAGGUGUCAUACUUGUCGUUGUUUGGAAAUAUGCAUUAAGUAAACCAUUUUUGAUAUUUUUAUUAAAGAACAUAUUAAGAAUCAAAGACGAUAGAAAAUUAAUCGAAGCUAAAGUAACUGCAUGGCAAGCUGAACACCCACACGAAUGUGCACCAUACUUUGGUAGGUCUAAAUUUGAAAUAUAUUUAAGAUUUCUCAGUUAUAUUGGAAUACCAUUAACUGUUUUAUUAUUCUGUCCAUACCUUUUCACUACAAUUGGACUAAUCGUCCCAUGA